AUGUCACAACAGUUGAUAUCGAUCCCGAUUGGAGCACAAUUACCGUUGGUAACAACAUGGGCUGAUGAUGAUUCCUCUUUGUACUUUGCUACGAGUGGCUCAAAUUCCACUGAAACGUAUGAAGAUUCCGAUGUUUUUGAAUGGAAAGAUGUUAUUCAAUAUGGGAAAUCGAAACCAAGUGAUGGAAGCACAAUUUACCACAUCGUUUUCAACAUUAAAAACCAACUAGUUAAUACAAAGAUAAAUGCUGUUAAAGUACUUCCUUUUAAAAUCAGUGAACUUCUAUUUUCAUCAUCCGAACAGAAGCUGGUUUUCACGUCUAUCAAAGGAGUGCCCAGAGAAAUGGAAGACUUUGAAAUAUAUUGUAUUGAUACACGAAACACUUCUUCGCUAUCAAGGUUAACAACAAACAAAGCAUUCGAGGAAAAUGUAAAGCUAUCAAUGGACGGCAAACGUGUCCUUUUUACCUUAUUAGGAUUGGGACCAACUAAUAAUAAUAGUGUCAUUAAACAGAUGACACUACAUGCUCUCGAUCUAACAACUGGAGAAAUACAGCGCCUUGCAAAAGACUUCAAUGGUAGUAUUACAGAAUAUUGUGUCAGACCUAAUGGCGGAGUCUACAUACUAGGACAAUGGAGAACCAAUGUUCAAAUAUACACGCAACAGUCUGCGAAUAAAUACACUGUCUUACACCGCGCAUGGCAAGGAACAUACGAAUCUAUCUCAUCAUCACUCAAUGAUGUGAAUAAUGUGAUGGCAUUUGUAUUUUCAUCUCAUAGCCAACCGAGAGAAGUAUAUAUUGUCGAUGAUGUUAAUCAACUUGAAACUGCAAGAGUAAUGACAAAUGAAAACAAAUUGUUUACAGAGAGAAAGUUCCCUCAAACAACAACUUAUCAAUGGACAAGCUAUGAAGAUGAUCGUAUGAUUGAAGGAAUUUUACAUUAUCCGCUAGGACAGAAUGAAAGCAAAAACUUGCCCCUCCUUGUGCUUAUUCAUGGUGGACCAUACGGAGCCAGUAUCAAUCAAUUCAACAUCGGUGGAGGUCUUUGGGCACCAUUAGCUGCUACCGAAGGUUGGUUAGUGCUGGAGCCAAACUAUCGAGGAUCAACAGGAUACGGCGAUCAGUUUCUUGACGAAAUUCGCUAUCAUCCUUUAACUCGACCUGGAAGAGAUAUUCUGUCAGGCAUUAAUCGUUUAAUUGAAGAUGGUAUCGUUGAUCGGAAUCGUGUCACCAUCGGAGGUCAUAGCUAUGGAGGUUUUCUAACCAAUUGGCUGAUAACGCAAACGACACAGUUUAAUGCUGCUCUUUCAGGUGCAGGAUCGAUUGAGCAAGCAUCUUUGUGGGGUACCAUGGACUUAAAUUUGCUUAUCGAGUAUAUUUGGGGUGGAUCCCCAUGGAAUUCAUCAAAUGCCUAUAUAGAAGAAUCACCAAUUUAUCAGUUUGGCAAAGUGCGUACACCAACACUUAUCGUGACUGCAGAAGAUGAUAUACGUGUUCCUGUCAGUCAAGGUUAUAUAAUGGAACGUGCACUCCGUUACCUCAAUGUGCCUGUGCAAUUAUUAAUUUUCCCAAAUGAAGGACAUUCAAUAGGAAACAAUCCGUGGCAUAGAAAAAUUAAAGUUCGUGAAGAACUAAAAUGGUUACGACAAUAUGGUCACACAGCUUUCGUAAAAACAUAA